AUGUCAGUGAACAAGUCUGCUCUGAAGUCACCUCCUGAUGUGGUCUAUGAGUUCCUAUGGGAGGACGGCUUGUUGGUCGCACUGCUGGGCAUCUCUAGCAUGGUCGGGACUAUUCGCACCACUGAUAACGCCUUCAUCCUGAACACAAGCAUCUGGGACCUGGUAACGUCUGCCGGCAUCAUUCCCCUGAUCAUCUCGUCUACGAUGGCCGGCCUACCGAACUGCGGACAAGCUUGCUGUGCCUUCAUAGGCUUUCUGAACCUCUUUAGCCUGCUACAGUCAUUGUUAUCCUGUGCCCUCAUUGCCUUUAACCGGUAUGUGCACGUUGUGCUCUCACUAGCCACUUACAAGCGCUUGUUCGGUCCUGUCAAGGCCUUCCUCUGGGUGGUUGGAUCAUGGGUGACCGGUACUCUGGUCAUGUUUCCGGCUAUGUCAGGUAUAUACGGCAGUUUGGGAUGGGACGCGCAUGUACAAAUAUGUCAGUUAUCGCAUGAAGACCCGGCAAGUGUACUGUUUUUCAAAAAUGUCGUCCUGUCCAUGUACUGGGCUGUAGUUUUCACCAUAUCUGCAUUCUACGCCCGAAUCUACCUGCACGUGCGGAAGAGUACCAUGGCCAUCGGCCAGCAUCUCGGCCACAGCCCCCAGCAAGUGUCCCUGCAGGCGGUGAAGCGUACAAAACACAUGUUCUACAUCUUCUUCACUUUUCUCACCCUGACCUGCCCAAACGUUGUCAUCAAUUAUGUUGAUUUCUACGCCACUUUGCUCCCUAAAGCUGUUUUCUUCACCAGCUCUGCGUUGUACAUCCUAAACACAGCAGUCAAUCCCAUCAUUUACACCUGGACCCUGAAAGAGUUUUGGCAAGGGUUCAAGUCCAUGGUCCGCUGCAGACGACAUAUUGUUCCUAACCCUCAAGCAGGCCAACCUGCUGUUCAGACACCCGUCAGAGUAAUAAACGUCUUGUCCCGAUCCGGGGUCUCCAACCGGGUUGCCCCUUCAGAACCAUCCGUUGAUACGUCAGAAAUAAACACGUAA